GAAAAAGCUAUCAAAAGACAGCAAACUAGUUUGGUAAAAUUGGUGAAAAUGAAUCGUCUAUAAUGGACUACCAACAUGUUCUGGUCUACUUCAUGUGGACUUUCACUGCAGUUUCUGCACAGGAUGUGAAAUACUUCCUGAAGGGUCAGGACAUACGCUUGAUGCCACCCAUCUCUGAACGACCUACUGGAAUUCUCUGGCUACAUAAUGAAAAUGAUGUGGUAUAUUCUACUGGCACGGAUUACUAUGUGCCGUCUUCAUACAAGAACAGAAUCACUCUGGACCGGGUCUCUGCAGAACUCACCAUCAAAAACGCCACAUAUGAAGACAGUGGAGAGUAUCAACUAGAAAUGAACAUAAAGAGCGAGCAGGAUUCUUUCCUGUAUGGAAUUGAAGUUAUAGACCAAGUAUCCAAACCCAACAUAUCCUAUGUGAUGAUGAGCGACACGAUGCAGGCGAUACUUGUGUGCUCAACAGAGUCCAAACAUCCUCAUUUGUUAAAGUUUAAGUGGAGCUCAGCAGGAAAGGAGCAGACUGGACCAUUUUCAACAAUAACUGUCAGGAAUGAAGAUGAUGAUCAAGUUUAUCGUUGUGAUGUCAGCAACCCUCUGACCAAUGAAACGGCUUCAUUCACCGCUAAGGACUGCUUCCCGGGUAAAAGAUCAGAUCAUCUACGGAUUAACAUAUCAGUCUGUAUCGUCAUUCUUUUCGUCUUUCUGGUCAUCAACUCGUGUUGUGUUUUAUACAUAACACGUCAACAUCUAAAAGUGUCCAAAGACACAACCUUCUUCGACAAAGUACUCACUCUUCUCUCCAACUCCGGCAAACAAAGAUUGAACGUGUCGACCGAGGAUGAGAAGAUGGAUUCAGAAGGAGCCGUGCGACUCACUGCUCCUGCUCACGCACUUCAUUCCUCUUCAACAGACAUAAACCACUAUCACUGGACUUUCAGAUACCAGCCAUGAUCGGUC